AUGGUUAAGGAGGGCAUAGUUCUUGGCCAUAGAGUCUCCAAGAAUGGCUUAAAGGUUGAUAAAGCAAAAAUUUUUAUGAUUGAACAACUUCCUCUACUUGUUAAUGUUAAGGGUGUGAGGAGCUUUCUUAGCCAUGCAGGAUUCUAUCAUCGCUUUAUCAAAGACUUCUCUAAAAUAGUCAAGCCUCUUUGUACUCUUCUCGAAAAAGAUGUCGAAUUUAAAUUUGAUGAUUUACACUUGAAGGCAUUUAAAGAGUUGAAGAAAAGACAUGUGUCUGCACCCAUCAUGAUAGCUCCUGAUUGGAGUUUGUUUGUCAUUGUGAUGUGUGAUGCUAGUGAUUUUUCCAUGGAUGCUAAGCUCGAUCAAAAGAAAGAAAAAAAAGAGGUUGUUAAGCUACUUAGUGCUGGGAUCAUCUAUCCUAUAGCUGACAGUGAGUGGGUGUCUCCAACCCAAGUUGUACCUAAGAAAGGGGGGAUUACUGUGGUAAAAAAUGAGAAAGGAGAGCUUGUUCCAACUAGAGUUCAAAAUGCUUGGAGAGUGUGCAUAGACUAUAGGAAGCUCAAUAAUGUGACUAGGAAGGACCAUUUUCCUUUGCCUUUUAUUGAUCAAAUGCUUGAGAGAUUGGCUUCCAAGUCCCAUUAUUGCUUCCUAGAUGGGUUUAGUGGGUAUUUUCAGAUUCCUAUAGCUCCUAGUGACCAAGAUAAGACUACCUUUACAUGCCCCUUUGGUACAUUUGCCUAUAGGAGGAUGCCUUUUGGUCUUUGCAAUGCACCUGGUACUUUUCAAAGAUGCAUGAUGUCCAUAUUUUGUGAUUUUAUUGAACAUUGCAUGGAAGUCUUUAUGGAUGAUUUUACUGUGUAUGGUGAGUCCUUUGAUUCAUGCUUGCAUUCUUUAGAUAAAGUGCUUGGUAGGUGCAUUGAAAAGAAGCUUGUGCUUAACUUUGAAAAAUGCCAUUUCAUGGUAGAUAAAGGAAUUGUUUUAGGCCAUUUGAUUUCUUCCAAUGGCAUAGAGGUGGAUAAGGCCAAAGUAGAUGUGAUUGCUUCUUUGCCAUAUCCUGUUUGUUUGAAAGAUUUGAGAUCAUUUUUGGGACAUGCAGGCUUUUAUAGGAGAUUUAUAAAGGGGUUUAGUAAAGAGGUUGUUAAGCUACUUAGUGCUGGGAUCAUCUAUCCUAUAGCUGACAGUGAGUGGGUGUCUCCAACCCAAGUUGUACCUAAGAAAGGGGGGAUUACUGUGGUAAAAAAUGAGAAAGGAGAGCUUGUUCCAACUAGAGUUCAAAAUGCUUGGAGAGUGUGCAUAGACUAUAGGAAGCUCAAUAAUGUGACUAGGAAGGACCAUUUUCCUUUGCCUUUUAUUGAUCAAAUGCUUGAGAGAUUGGCUUCCAAGUCCCAUUAUUGCUUCCUAGAUGGGUUUAGUGGGUAUUUUCAGAUUCCUAUAGCUCCUAGUGACCAAGAUAAGACUACCUUUACAUGCCCCUUUGGUACAUUUGCCUAUAGGAGGAUGCCUUUUGGUCUUUGCAAUGCACCUGGUACUUUUCAAAGAUGCAUGAUGUCCAUAUUUUGUGAUUUUAUUGAACAUUGCAUGGAAGUCUUUAUGGAUGAUUUUACUGUGUAUGGUGAGUCCUUUGAUUCAUGCUUGCAUUCUUUAGAUAAAGUGCUUGGUAGGUGCAUUGAAAAGAAGCUUGUGCUUAACUUUGAAAAAUGCCAUUUCAUGGUAGAUAAAGGAAUUGUUUUAGGCCAUUUGAUUUCUUCCAAUGGCAUAGAGGUGGAUAAGGCCAAAGUAGAUGUGAUUGCUUCUUUGCCAUAUCCUGUUUGUUUGAAAGAUUUGAGAUCAUUUUUGGGACAUGCAGGCUUUUAUAGGAGAUUUAUAAAGGGGUUUAGU